UCAGUUCAUCAUCGUUUAUUUACACUGGAUCGAAGACGUUCAAGCAGUUGUUGCCCAUUGCCAGUGUGAAACAAUCAGGCUAUUUCACGGUAACUGAGAGUGGCGCAAGGCGUAUGCGAUGCUGCAAUGAAGCCUGCGUUGCUGGCCCCAGAUUUAGCUGCUUGAAAGGGCCUGAGUUUUGCAGAUUCUGAACUCUUUCACACAGUUGCUACGGUGGCACUGAACCGGGCACACCGGCAUGUCACGACUGGACAAGCUCUCCAUUUGCGGUGUUCGCAGCUUUAGCCACACUGAGAAAGUCGUGGUGAAGAUCUACAGCCCUCUAACGCUUAUCGUUGGGCAGAAUGGAGCUGGCAAAACGACGAUCAUUGAGUGUCUGAAGUAUGCCACCACGGGCGAGUUUCCACCGGGCCCGAAGACCGGAGCAAUGGGGGCUUUCAUCCAUGACCCUAAGGUUGCUGGUGAAAGAGAGGUUAAAGCGAACAUUGCGCUGAAGUUCGUUGACGUCCGGGGCAAUGUUGUGUGCAUCACACGCCGCAUGCAGGCUGUGCAAAUGGCAAGUCGUAUUACGUCGAAGACUGUCGAGUCUACAAUACAGAAAGAGUGCAAUGGAGAGAAAGCCAGCAUUAGCAGUCGCUGUGCUGACAUCGAUCGAGAAAUGGUGUCCUUGUUAGGCGUCUCCAGAGCUGUGCUCAGCAAUGUCAUUUUCUGCCAUCAGGAAGACUCCGCGUGGCCGCUAAGCGAUGGCAAGAUGCUGAAAACGAAGUUUGACGAAAUCUUCGCUGCGACGAGAUACAUCAAAGCUCUGGAAAACAUCCGCAAGUUCCGCAAAGACCAGGACGGCACGUUGCGGGAGCUCAACUUGGAGCUGAAGUACCUGCGGGAGCACAAAGAAAAGGCUGCUGAGCUCGGUGACCAGAAAGCGACGGCCGAAGAUCGGAUAGCCAGUGCCAAGGAGUGCGUUGCGCAAGUUACGGCCAAGCUGCAGCCGAUCGAGGAACGUCUGGCUGAGCUGCAGCAGGUUGCUCAGCAGUGGUACGAGCUGGAAAAGGAGAUCGAGGUAUUGGGACAUCAACAUUCAGAGAAAGACCGGCAGAUCAUUGAGCUGCGUUCUCGGAUCAACGUUGUCGAUGGAACAAUGGAUGAUCUCGAGGGAAUGUUGGCUGACUCCAAGAAUCGAUUGAAUCGUGAGAAGACCGCCUUGCAAAAGCAAACCAGUCAGCGUACCGAUUUGGAUCGGGAGCAGCGGCAGCUCUCUGAGUCCAGGAAUCGACUAGCCCGGGAGCAUGGUCGCCUGGAACAGGAAGCAGAGGCACACCGCAAUUCUGUCAAGAAACGAGAUGAGCUAGCAGUGAAGCUGGCACAGCUCAUGAAGAAGCCUGAGUUUUCUCGUGGUUCCUUUGACGAGGAGCGGUCGACUGCCUUUCUCCGCAACCUGAAAGGAGAGGUGGAGGGGUUGAUCAAUGGACAUCGCCAGCAAAAGCAAGAGCAUGCUGCUGAGCAAGAGAGGCAACAGCGUGACAUUGACACCAUCAACAGCAACCUUACCAAGCUGGCCGAGGCAAAGCGCUACAAGAGCAAGCUGAAGGCUGAGAAUGACCAGAAGCUGCAGCAGAUUGCUCGCGGGCUGCGCGAGGUGUCCGGUGCCGAGGGAAAGCUCAACAUCGCGGAGCUGGACAUGAAACAAGCGGAAGAGGCGUUGAAGUCUGCCGAGGAAGAUAGCACGCAUGAACUAGACCGAGAACAGAUUGGCCAACUUGAGCGCGAGAAGAAGGUCUUGGACAGAGAGAUCAGUGAGCUGACGACAGAGGUAAGCCGUGCUCACCAGUACACCAAAACUCGUGCAGAACUGGACAUCCUUAAAAAGACCCGACUUGCCAAGGAGGAGGCCAUCAAGAAGAUCGAACGUGAUCAUGACGACACACUGGUGAAGCUGUUUGGUGGCACACUGCCGGAGAACUUGCAAGAAGCGUUCCAGGGCCAACUGCGGGAACGUCGUGACAACAUGCGGGAUGUGAAGAAGCGCAGUGGUGAGCUGAGUUCGCGCCUGCGCACCCAAGAGACCGACAAGUCCUACCACCAAAAGCAACUUAAGCAGCAUGAGCGUGAAUUGCAAGGCUUCGAGCGACGUGUUGAGGCGGUGUGCCGAGAAGGAGAAGUCAACCAAACCCUGAAGGAGGUGGAGACGAAGAUCGAGUCUCUUCAAGAUGAUCUCGCUGUCACUGGUGCUGCACCAAAGUUCUUCAAUCUCCUUCGUAAGCUGCUGGAGAAGAACCACUCGUGUCCAGUGUGCGACCGCAACUUCCAGCGCGAGUCCAAGGAAAUGGAAGUCGUUGUGAAGAAGCUUGCUGACAAAGGAGCAGCCAUGCCACAGAAUAAGCAGAAGAUGCAGAGUGACUUGACAGCAGCACGUGCAGAGUUGAAGAAGCUGCAGAAUAUCCGACCAUUGGUUGACAACAUGGCGGAAAUUCGUCAGCGGAAGAUCCCUGACACAAAGAAGAAGAUCUCAGAGCUGGAUGAGCAGAUCGGGUCGCUGACUGAGCAGUCGGAUGAGCUUGCCGAAGAAGAGGCACUGGCUGAUGCAGAGCUUGGGGAGCUUGAACCUCUGGACAGUGACAUUAAGAUGUUGCAGAGCCAUCGUGUAGACCUGGCGAAGCUGGAGAGAAGUAUUGCUGAAAAGCAGGGCUCUCUCAGAGGCUCUAGCAAGUCUAUUCAAGCACUGACGCAGGAGCUGCAGCAGAAGCAGAUCGACAGUGAGUCUAAGAGUCGACAGCUUGAACUCACACGGCAGCGUGUCACCGACUAUGACCGCAACAUUCUCAACCUGCGCAAGACCAUGCAGAAUGCCCGUGAGAGAAAGCUGGAGAUCACAGAUCAGAUGCAGCGAAGCCAAAAGCUGCAAGAGCAGAAGGUCGAGCUGGCUGGUUCAAACCAGAACUUAUCUCGUGAAAUUCAGGAAGCGGAACGCAAGCUGGAGCCGUUGCAACGCAAGCUGACGGAGCAGGAGGAUGCACGUCGGAGACAGAAGGAGGAGCACAGCGCUAGUGAGGAGAAAGAGCUGCAGGGGAUUAACGACAUACGUGGCAAGGCAGCGAAGAUCAAGGAGACAACAGAUCGUAUCAAUGAGUACAAUUCUCAAGGGAAAGGAGAUGAAGUACAGCGAGCCCACUCACAGCUUGAACAAAUCAGCAAGCGCCUCGCCACAACGGAAGAAGAGCGUACCAAGGUGGACGAACAGAUCUCCAAGUUGAACAAAUCAGUGGCGUCACAUCAGGUUCACGAACGUGCCAUCUCAGACAGUAUGGACAUACUGCGCUACGAGGACGAGAUGAUCGUCAUCGACAAUCGUGUGCAGGAAUUGAGAGACAAGCUGGGCAGUGCAACGCGGAAAAACUCAAAACGAGAGCGCGAAAAGCUUGAAGAGCAGGAGCAGGAGCUGAAGAGAGAGCGAACUCGACAUGAAGGGCGUCAGUUUGGUCUCGAGGAGGAAAUCAAACGGUUACGCCGUGAGCUUGCAAGUGACAUGUACAAGGAUGCGGAUGCCAAGUAUCGCGAGUAUCACAUUAAAGUCAAGACCACGGAGUUGUCCAACACGGAUCUUGAUCGUUACUACAAGGCAUUGGACAAAGCUAUCAUGAGGUACCACGGUCUGAAGAUGGGUGAGAUUAAUCGAAUCAUCCGAGACCUGUGGAUGAAGACCUACCGAGGCAAUGACAUUGAUACCAUUGAGAUUGUGUCUGACGUCGAAGAGGAUGCUGAGAAGAGGACAACUGCCCGCCGAAGCUACAACUACCGGGUUGUGAUGCGUAAGGGUGACACAGCGCUGGACAUGAGAGCACGCUGUAGUGCUGGGCAGAAGGUUCUUGCGUGCCUCAUCAUCCGACUUGCUCUGGCUGAGACGUUCUGUUUAACGUGUGGUAUUCUGGCAUUGGACGAGCCCACGACCAACUUGGACCGAGACAACAUUGACAGCUUAGCGCAGGCUUUAGCUGACAUCAUCAAGGACCGGCAACGGCAGAAGAACUUCCAGCUCGUGAUCAUCACUCACGACGAGGAGUUUGUGGACAUGCUCGGCCGCUCCGAGUACGUUGACUACUAUUACAAAGUGCAGAAGGAUGACAAUCAUUGUUCCAAGGUGUGGCGCCGAAGCAUUCAGGGUGACGGACAACAGUUAGAGGAAUGAUUGCUGGAGUUGAACUCUGACACCGUAGUUCCUCAUCCGUGCCGAAUGAGACUCCCGCCUUGCUUCUGAUAUGCUACUGCAUGGCUAUUGUGUGUUGUGUGUUUAAUAAUAAACUGGCUGGUUUCAGUUUUAAAAACUUGUUUUAAUCCUCAUUAUUUUAACUCGCUUUCAUCAUACCCAUGUCAGCUAAUGUGUGGAUCUUCUCACAAUCCUUUAUGCCCCAGCCCUCACAUAGACACGAAUAGUCUCCCUUUCUAUCUAUCAUGAAACACAUGCUAUCUUUUUUUUAUAUUAGUGGUGCUCAGAUACCAUUUGUGAACAUGCGAGUAACAAUGAAUCCAUUUUGGAAGGUACUAGUAGUACAUA